UUCACUCUUGCAAAGUUAGGCGAACUUCCAUCACUACUCACUCACCGGCUGCCUGCUCAGUGCUGAGCCGUUCACGUAUGGCCUGUGCGCGUUCCCGUUUUGGAGAGGUCGGUGCCAUCUCCGCUGGCCUUGAGGAAAAGGUGCUUUGUUUCUCAAAGCUAUAAUUCACGAAAACGGACAAAAUGUAUAGAUGAGCGACCAGCCAUAAUCACAUAGCCCAGACAACCAGAACCCUGGUCAGAACCCCUUUCUCUCCCCCUGUUGCCGACUGCCGACGCCCUGGGACCCGUCGUCGCCAUGGAGACGGUGGUGAUCGUGGCCAUUGGGGUGCUGGCCACCAUCUUCCUGGCCUCCUUCAUUGCCCUGGUGGUGGUGUGUCGACACCGCUACUGCCACCCCCACCACCUGCUGCACCACUUCAACUCCAAGCCCAAUGGACUGACCUGCUGGUUUGAAGCUAUAAGUCUAUGGAUUGAACAGAGCGACUUCACAGCACUAAGACCCAGUGUUGACCUGAUCGGUGCCAUGGAGACCCAGAGUGAGCCGUCUGAGCUGGAGCUGGAUGACGUGGUCAUCACCAACCCUCACAUCGAGGCCAUCCUGGAGAACGAGGACUGGAUCGAGGACGCCUCUGGAUUGGUUUCACAUUGUAUCUCCAUCUUAAAGGUAAUGUCUAUGUGCUGUACACCCUCUUUCUCUAACAGUGAAUUGGUUUCACAUUGUAUCUCCAUCUUAAAGGUAAUGUCUAUGUGCUGUACACCCUCUUUCUCUAACAGUGGAUUGGUUUCACAUUGUAUCUCCAUCUUAAAGGUAAUGUCUAUGUGCUGUACACCCUCUUUCUCUAACAGUGGAUUGGUUUCACAUUGUAUCUCCAUCUUAAAGGUAAUGUCUAUGUGCUGUACACCCUCUUUCUCUAACAGUGGAUUGGUUUCACAUUGUAUCUCCAUCUUAAAGGUAAUGUCUAUGUGCUGUACACCCUCUUUCUCUAACAGUGGAUUGGUUUCACAUUGUAUCUCCAUCUUAAAGGUAAUGUCUAUGUGCUGUACACCCUCUUUCUCUAACAGUGGAUUGGUUUCACAUUGUAUCUCCAUCUUAAAGGUAAUGUCUAUGUGCUGUACACCCUCUUUCUCUAACAGUGGAUUGGUUUCACAUUGUAUCUCCAUCUUAAAGGUAAUGUCUAUGUGCUGUACACCCUCUUUCUCUAACAGUGGAUUGGUUUCACAUUGUAUCUCCAUCUUAAAGGUAAUGUCUAUGUGCUGUACACCCUGCACGAAUACAUCGUUUUCAUUACGAUCUAACUCAAUGAUAUUUACACACUCUCUCCAUUGGCAGAUCUGCCACACCCUGACUGAAAAGCUGGUUGCCAUGACAAUGGGCUCAGGCGCUAAGGUGAAAGCCCCAGCCAGCCUCAGUGACAUCAUCACUGUGGCUAAACGCAUCAGUCCGAGGGUGGAUGACGUUGUGCGGUCAAUGUACCCUCCCCUGGACCCCAUACUUCUUGAUGCCAGGGCCACCGCCCUCCUCCUGUCAGUCAGUCACCUGGUGCUGGUGACACGCAACGCCUGUCACAUGUCUGGCAGCAUGGACUGGAUCGACCAAUCACUGCACGCCGCUGAGGAUCACAUGGUGGUGCUGCGGGAGGCGGCGCUAGCAUCUGAACCAGAACGGAGUCUACCUGGAAUAGACGUGCAGAGAGAGCAGGCUAUCUAGAACACACAGACAUGUACAUACACACAUGCACGCACACAUUCACAUAGGCAAGCAGGCACAUACACUCCUUUUCUAUAUAUCAUACAAAUAGACACAUUAAUGCACAUCUCGGGCACAUUCUCACGCAUACACAAUGCUUGAUAAACACACAAUUUAAAAAACUCAACACAUUCCCAAAACACACAUUCCCAAUGAUCUUUCUCACUGUUGUUCUGUGCUGAUUUACAUACAGAUGGGUUGCUAGAUAAUAGAAAAGAGCUGGGUUUAGAAAAGGAUGGGUUGCCAGAUCCUUGUGCUAUUUUGCUCUUGAUCCUUUCACUUUUACCAUGUUUCUGGUUUUGUAUAUAGUUAUGUAUAACCAUAAUGUAUGUUAUGAUUAGGAUUUAUAUAGAUUUUAUGUUACACUCUCAGACUCAGAUUGUAUUGUAAGUGGAGAGCUCACUGAGACAGGCUUGUGUGUAGUUGUUGCCAUGGACGACUGCCCCCUUGACAUUCCUUCCUGGGUGUCGUCCAUCUCCCAGCGGUGAGCUAUAAUCCACCCCGUUAGGAGUGCACAGUCACAUGGAAGCAUACAUUAAUCCAUGUGGGGGAAAACCCUGGACACCCAAUAGGACCAAAGGCCUGGGAAAUACAUGCACACCUACUCAGAGCAAUACACUCUUACUCAGAGCAAUACACUCUUACUUAGAGCAAUACACUCUUACUCAGAGCAAUACACUCUUACUCAGAUCAGAGCAAUACACUCUUACUCAGAUCAGAGCAAUACACUCUUACUCAGAGCAAUACACUCUUACUCAGAACAAUACACUCUUACUCAGAGCAAUACACUCUUACUCAGAGCAAUACACUCUUACUCAGAGCAAUACACUCUUACUCAGAUCAGAGCAAUACACUCUUACUCAGAGCAAUACACUCUUACUCAGAGCAAUACACUCUUACUCAAAGCAAUACACUCUUACUCAGAGCAAUACACUCUUACUCAGAGCAAUACACUCUUACUCAGAGCAAUACACUCUUACUCAGAGCAAUACACUCUUACUCAGAGCAAUACACUCUUACUCAAAGCAAUACACUCUUACUCAGAGCAAUACACUCUUACUCAGAGCAAUACACUCUUACUCAGAGCAAUACACUCUUACUCAAAGCAAUACACUCUUACUCAGAGCAAUACACUCUUACUUAGAGCAAUACACUCUUACUCAAAGCAAUACACUGCUACUCAGAUCAAUACACUGCUACUCAGAUCAAUACACUACUACUCAGAGCAAUACACUCUUACUUAGAGAAAUACACUCUUACUCAGAGCAAUGCACUGCUACUCAGAGAAAUACACUGCUACUCAGAGCAAUACACUGCUACUCAGAGCAAUACACUCUUAGAGAAAUACACUGCUACUCAGAGAAAUACACUCUUAGAUAAAUACACUGCUACUCAGAGCAAUACACUCUUACUUAGAGCAAUACACUACUACCGUACUCAGAGAAAUACACUGCUACUCAGAGCAAUACACUCUUACUCAGAGCAAUACACUACUACUCAGAGCAAUACACUGCUACUCAGAGCAAUACACUGCUACUUAGAGCAAUACAGUCUUACUUAGAGCAAUACACUGAUACUCAGAGCAAUACAGUCUUACUUAGAGCAAUACACUGAUACUCAGAGCAAUACAGUCUUAGAGCAAUACACUGAUACUCAGAGCAAUACACUGCUACUUAGAGCAAUACACUGAUACUCAGAGCAAUACAGUCUUACUUAGAGCAAUACACUGAUACUCAGAGCAAUACAGUCUUACUUAGAGCAAUACACUGAUACUCAGAGCAAUACACUGCUACUUAGAGCAAUACACUGAUACUCAGAGCAAUACAGUCUUACUUAGAGCAAUACACUGAUACUCAGAGCAAUAGUCUUACUUAGAGCAAUACACUGAUACUCAGAGCAAUACACUGAUACUCAGAGCAAUACACUGAUACUCAGAGCAAUACACUGAUACUUAGAGCAAUACACUGAUACUCAGAGCAAUACACUGAUACUCAGAGCAAUACACUGAUACUCAGAGCAAUACACUGAUACUCAGAGCAAUACACUGAUACUCAGAGCAAUACAGUCUUACUUAGAGCAAUACACUGAUACUCAGAGCAAUACAGUCUUACUUAGAGCAAUACACUGAUACUCAGAGCAAUACACUGCUACUUAGAGCAAUACACUGAUACUCAGAGCAAUACAGUCUUACUUAGAGCAAUACACUGAUACUCAGAGCAAUAGUCUUACUUAGAGCAAUACACUGAUACUCAGAGCAAUACACUGAUACUCAGAGCAAUACACUGAUACUCAGAGCAAUACACUGAUACUUAGAGCAAUACACUGAUACUCAGAGCAAUACACUGAUACUCAGAGCAAUACACUGAUACUCAGAGCAAUACACUGAUACUCAGAGCAAUACACUGAUACUCAGAGCAAUACACUGAUACUUAGAGCAAUACACUGAUACUCAGAGCAAUACACUGAUACUCAGAGCAAUACACUGAUACUUAGCAAUACACUGAUACUCAGAGCAAUACACUGAUACUCAGAGCAAUACACUGAUACUUAGAUCAAUACACUGAUACUUAGAGCAAUACACUGCUACUUAGAACCCGGAGUCAAAUAAUUCAAGCUCUGAAAUUCAGCCUAAGAGAAGACUGCCAGUAUAACUGCAGCCUACAUCAGAUAAGCAGAGCUCUGUGAUGGAAUGAUAUUGAUUGAGAUGAAACAUGAAAAGUGGCCACUCCUUUAUUUUCCUGGUUUCCGUCGUUUUAUUACAAUUGAUUGCUUUUGUAUGUAAGCUCUCCUGUGUUUUCUCCUCCCCAUCCACCGUUCGUUAGUGAUGUUUCCUUAUCUCCUGCCUUUUUCACCUUUCUCUUUUUUCCCCCUUCCAUUGAUUUGUACAGGUAAAUUAAAGUUUCAUAGGAAAAUGUGUAA